UUCAUUCAUUGCAGGAGGCGCCGGUGCCGCUUGGUGGCGAUGUCCCGGGAUCUCCGGGCGUCAAACGGGGCCCGCAGCAGGCGCAUGCGCGCGGACGGCGGCAGGGGCAGCGGGUUGGGAAUGGCGGGGGGGACGGGGUUGGUGGUGGUGCUGCUGACAGCGCUGAGCUGCCGUUUGGCUCAGGGCGAGGAUAUCGUGGUGGGAUGUGGGGGAUUCGUGAAGUCCGAUGUGGAGAUUAACUACUCGCUGAUCGAGAUUAAACUGUACACAAAGCAGGGAACGCUGAAAUACCAGACGGAUUGUGCUCCCAACAAUGGUUACUUCAUGAUUCCUCUGUAUGAUAAGGGGGAUUUCAUUUUAAAGAUUGAGCCUCCCCUAGGGUGGAGCUUUGAGCCUACAAAUGUGGAUCUUCAUAUAGAUGGUGUUAACGACAUUUGCACCAAAGGCGAGGACAUAAAUUUUAUGUUUACUGGAUUUUCUGUCUCUGGAAAGGUGUUAAGCAAAGGUCAAAGUUCAGGACCUGCUGGUGUUCAUGUUACAUUAAGAAAGGCUGGAACAGAUGUGGAUCAGACUUCAUUGACUCAAAUUGGUGGAAAAUAUGCAUUUACAAGGGUGUUGCCUGGUGACUAUGAAAUUUUUGCUUCUCACCCUACCUGGACCCUUCAAAAAGCAUCUACUUCGGUGCAGGUGAUGAAUUCUAAUGCAAACACAGUUGAUUCUCUUGUGGUUGCUGGAUAUGAUGUUUUGGGCUCUGUGCGAAGUGAUGGUGAGCCAAUGAAGGGUGUAGUGUUCCUUCUGUUCUCCUCAUCAGUCUCUAAGGAGGAUAUUGCUGGAUGUAAUUUAUCUCCGGUUGAAGGAUUUCAAGCAGCAGAUGAAGCAUCAUCUUUCUUGUGCAGUGUUGUGUCAGGAGAAGAUGGAUCAUUUAUUUUUUCAUCCCUCCCCAGUGGAGAAUAUACAGUGAUACCAUUUUACAGAGGAGAAAGAAUCACAUUUGAUGUUGCUCCAUCAAGGCUCGAUUUUUCUGUGGGACAUGAUAGUUUGAAGAUUGAGCCAGUGUUUCGAGUGAUGGGAUUCUCUGUUACUGGCCGGGUUUUGAAUGGGCCUAAUGGACAAGGAGUUCAUCAUGCUACUGUUACCCUAAAUAACCAGAUCAAAGUGACUACAAAGGCUGAUGGCUCAUUCAGGCUUGAAAACAUGACAGCAGGCACAUAUACUAUAAAUACACAGAAAGAGCACAUUUUCUUCGAACCGGUUACUGUGAAGAUUGCCCCUAAUACACCUCAACUGGCUGAUAUCCUGGCCACGAGCUUUAGUGUUUGUGGGCAAGUGACAGUCAAACGUUUCCCUGAAGGAUUAAAACAGAUAGUCAAGUAUAAAUUAGCAAUGGUUGCUCAAAAUAAGGAUAAGUCUUCAAUUACAACAGAAUCGGAUUCUCGUGGAUUAUUCUGUUUCCAGGCCAAAAUGGGAACCUAUAGCAUUCAGGUUAUGAUCAGUGAAGCUGAAGCAAAAGCAGGACUUGCACUGAAGCCAAAGUUUCAAAUAGUCACAGUAACAAAUGCACCCAUAAUGGACCUUACCUUCAUCCAGUUUAUGGCAUCUGUUUCUGGGAAAGUACUAUGUCUGGAUUCCUGCGGUGAUUUAGCUGUGACCCUUCAACCCUUAAGUCGCCAUGGUGAGAAACAAAGCUUGCAGCUCUCAGGAAGUGCUGACUCUGUGCUAUUCACUUUUAAUGACAUUUUACCUGGGAAAUACAAAGUGAAUAUUGUUCAUGAUGAAUGGUGCUGGAAGAACCGCUCUCUGGAGCUGGAGGUUGUGGAUCAGGAUUUGACCAGCACAGAGUUCAAACAGACAGGUUACAUGCUUCGAUGUGCACUCUCACAUGCAAUAACAUUGGAGUUUUACCAAGAUGGAAGUGGCCCAGAAAAUGUUGGUGUAUAUAACCUCACAAAAGGAGUGAACAGAUUUUGUCUCUCUAAACCAGGUGUCUAUAAGGUAACCCCUCGUUCAUGCCAUCAAUUUGAACAAGAAUUUUACAUCUAUGACACAGCAGCACCCACCAUUUUAACCUUAACGGCGACCCGACAUCAUGCACUUGGUGCUAUCGUGACAGAUAAAUUAACGGAUGUCACCGUUACUAUCAGAUCUUCAAUUGAUAGUGAACCUGCUUUGGUCUUGGGACCUUUGAAGUCACAUCAGGAACAGCGACGGGAGCAGCAGCUGGCAGAAAUAGAAGCCCGUAGACUUGAGCGUGAAAAGAAGGGCCAGAAGGAAGUGGAGAGAGAGCCUCCAGCUCAGGAAAUUGUCGAGGAACUUGAGGGACCUUUUCUUUAUGAAUUUUCAUACUGGGCAAGAGCUGGAGAAAAGAUUGCAGUCACACCCUCAUCAAGGGAACUUCUCUUCUACCCUCCGUCAGUGGAGGCAGUCAUCACUGGAGAUACUUGUCCGGGAAGGUUAAUAGAAAUUCAGGGAAAAGCUGGCCUAUUUCUGGAAGGACUGGUACACCCAGCACUGGAGGGUGUUGAGAUAAUCAUCUCUGAGAAAAACACAGUACCACUUAUCACUGUGUUUACUAAUGAAGAAGGGUCAUACAGGGUUGGACCACUACACAGAGACCAGGAGUAUUCCAUAACUGCUCAAAAGGAAGGUUUUGUUCUGACUGCAAUAGAAGGAACAGUUGGUGAUUUUAAAGCUUUUGCAUUAGCAGGAAUAACUUUUGAGAUAAAAACUGAAGAAAAUCACCCCCUUGCUGGAGUCCUUUUGUCUCUUAGUGGAGGACAGUUCCGCUCUAAUCUGCUCACACAAGAAAAUGGCAUGCUUACCUUUGCAAACCUGAGUCCUGGUCAGUACUAUUUCAAACCAAUGAUGAAGGAGUUUCGAUUUGAACCUGCGUCCCAAAUGAUCGAAGUGCAAGAAGGACAAUCUCUUAGAAUCAAAGUUACUGGCUAUCGGACUGCUUACAGCUGCUAUGGAACAGUAUCUUCACUGAAUGGGGAACCUGAACAAGGAGUUGCAGUGGAGGCUGUUGGCCAAAAGGAUUGCAGUAUUUAUGGAGAGGAUACUGUGACUGAUGAAGAUGGAAAAUUUCGCCUCCGUGGUCUACUGCCAAGCUGUGUAUAUCAUAUUCAGUUGAAAGUUGAAGGCAAUGACCACAUAGAAAGGGCUCUUCCACAAUAUCGUGCCAUACAGGUUGAGAGCAGCGAUAUUGAUGGUGUGAAUAUUCUAGCAUUCCGGCAAAUUAAUCAGUUUGAUUUAAGUGGUAAUAUUAUCACUUCAGCAGAGCAUCUUUCUACUUUGCGGGUGGUGCUGUAUAAAAGUGAAAACUUGGACAACCCCAUUCAAACUGUGUCACUGGGUCAGUCCCUUUUUUUCCACUUCCCACCGCUGCUAAGAGAUGGAGAGAAUUAUGUAGUUGUGCUAGAGUCUACUUUGCCCAAAUCACUCUAUGAGUACACCUUACCCCAGAUAUCCUUCAGUGCAACAGGCUAUCACAAGCAUGUUACCCUAAUGUUUACCCCUUCGAGAAAACUACCUGAGCAGGAUGUUGCCCAGGGGUCAUACAUUGCUCUGCCCCUUACUCUGCUCCUGCUGUUGGCUGGAUAUAAUCAUGAUAAGCUUAUCCCAUUGCUGAUGCAGUUGGUAAAUCGGUUACAAGGUGUGCGGGCUCUCAGCCAAGGUGGUUCAGGUGGUAUUAGUCAAGAGGAAGCAAAGAGACAAGCCAAAAGACCAAAGACAAGGCAUACAUAAUUAACAAUGAAAGACCUACAUAUCAGUUCCAUGGAGUUCUCGCUCAGUGCAGAUUCAUACAGUGAAAUAAUUUCUGUUGAAAUCACUCAUUGUUACAUGAUAAGAGUCUUUUUUUAAACUGCUGACCUCCUAAUGUUCUUUGAUUGUAUUUAUAACAAAUUGAGGUUACAUUUGUUUUUGAUCAGUGAUCUGAAUUGAUUUAAAGAUUUGAGAAACAUUGGACAGAAUUCUGAUUUAACAGCUGGUAUGUUAAUUUAUUUUUGCUGUUGUGAGAACUCAACCAAGAAGCAAAAACAACUUGCUUGUUUUAUAUUUGCUUGUGCAAUGUAUCUGAACUGAGCCAUUUGAAUGUGUGGUAAAAUGACUGUUCAAUAGGUGACAAUAAACCCUGGAAAAUAGAAUUCCUACAUUAAAAAAGAUUUUUCACCAUUUU